GAAGGGAGAAAAGUACAAGUGUUUUCCCGCAUGUGACUCGUGUUUGUUUACAUUCCUGAGUCGAGGGACGCGGGAGGGAGGGUUGUCAUCUGUCACCUGUAUCGUGUGUGUGACACAGGCGCUGCCUCCACAACACCAGUCUUGUGACAAUGCGCUUCAAAACAUCAAUACUGAAUAAACCCAAGCAUACAGACCUUGUGUCCUGUGUGGGAUGGAUGUCACCUGAUGAAGUGUAUUCCUGCAGUGAUGACCAGCAACUCCUUCAGUGGAAUCUGGUGUCCAAUGAGACCACAAAGGUUGUACAGUUUCCCUCCUCCCUGUACCCUAUUGACCUACAGUGGCUCCCCAGGACAGCUGUGCAGAAAACCAAAGUUGGUUCGGAGGUGUUUUUGCUGACUGCAUGCGAUGGGAAGUUUUACAUAGUGGGUCGCAAUGGGCGCAUUGAGAAGACUGUGGAGGCUCACCGUGGGGCUGUGUUGGCAGGGCAGUGGAGCCACGACGGGGCUGGACUUGUUACUGCUGGUGAGGAUGGCUUGGUGAAGAUCUGGUCCCGCAGUGGCAUGUUGAGGUCCACGCUGGCCCAGGUGUCCGUGCCGGUGUACGGGGCAGCCUGGGCCCCUGACUCUGAUGGGGUGCUGUAUACCACAGGCACCAACCUCAUCAUCAAGCCACUUGCCCCUAACUCCAAGCCUAUACAGUGGAAGGCGCAUGAUGGGGUGAUCCUGAAGGUGGCAUGGAACCCAAACACUGGCCUCAUCCUGUCAGGUGGUGAAGACACAAGGUACCGCGUGUGGGACAACUUUGGCCGACAGCUGUACACCUCCACCCCACACCACCAUCCCAUCACCUCCCUUGCCUGGUCUCCUGACGGCCAGCUCUUUGCAGUGGGCUCCUUCAACACUCUCAGACUUUGUGACAAGGCCGGCUGGUGUCACUCCCUGGAGAAGCCGAGCACUGGCAGCAUCUUCAACAUUGCUUGGUCAAGUGAUGGGACGCAGUUUGCUGGGGCGUGUGGCAACGGGCAUGUCAUAUUCUCCCACAUCAUUGAGAAACACCUGGAGUGGAAGAACUACGAGGCCACAGUGACCAGCCGGAAAACCAUUGCCUUGCGUGAUGUGACCAAUGAGGCCUGGGAGAAGCUUGAGAUGAGAGACCGCAUCAUCAACGUGUCUCUGUCUUACGGCUACAUGGUCAUCAUCACUUCCUCCCAGGGCUACAUUUAUUCCACGCGGAACUGGAACACGCCCUUCAUCUUCGAUCUCAAAGAGUCCAACGUGAGCCUCAUUGUGCAGGCGGAGCGCCACUUCCUGGUGGUGGAUGGGGCCAAUGUUUAUGUCUACUCCUAUGACGGCCGGGUGCUGUGUGCGCCACGCUGGCCAGGGAUGCGGACAGAUGUGCUCAACAGUCGCACUGUCUCACUCUCCAAUGACACGCUGGCCAUCCGGGACAAGAGUGAUGAAAAAGUGGUGCACCUGUUUGAUGCCACCACAGGUAAGGGCCUCAAUGACGGCAAAGCGUGGUCCCACAAGCUGGAGAUAGUGGAAGUGGCCCUGGACAAGGUUGGGACGGCUCAUGAGAGGCGCAUGGCCAUCGUGGACCGUAACCGUGACCUCCUACUGGUGACCCUGCAGCGUGUGGGCACCAUGAGCCGGGCGGUGAAGCUGGGCAGCAUGGUGCAGUCCCUGUGCUGGAAUGAUGGGGCGAAUAUGCUGGCGGCGCUGCAGGAUUCUAAGUUUACUGUCUGGUUCUACCCUGCUGUGGUGUUUGUGGACCGUGACAUGCUGCAGGCCACUGCCAUGGAGCGCGACGCAGCAGAGUACGGCAAGAACGCGGUGGUGGACAGCUUCCUGGAUUCUGUGGUGACUGUGAGGCGGGCAGAUGGCAGCCUGGUCACCACAAGCAUCACGCCAUACCCUGCACUGCUCCACAGCUAUGUGACUGCCAAGCGCUGGGAUGAUGCAGUGAGGCUGGCCAGGUUUGUGAAGGAUGACAUUGUGUGGGCGUGUUUGGCGGCCAUGUCCACCGCUCACAAGGAGCUCAUCACUGCUGAGGUGGCAUAUGCUGCAAUAGACCAGGCUGAGAAGGUGCAGUACAUUCGCUACAUCAAAGAAAUACCCAUCAAGGAAGUACGGGUGGCUGAGAUGGCCAUGCUGGGAGGCCACAUAGGAGAUGCUGAGGCUACUUUAGUUCAGUCUGGCCUUUACUUCAGGGCCAUUAUGCUGAAUCUCAUGACUUACAACUUUGAGCGAGCGCUGCAGCUGGCCAUUAGACACAAGACGCACGUGGACACAGUGGUUGCUUACAGGAAGAGGUACCUGGCUCGCUUCAACAAGACGGAAACCAGCAAGCUCUUCCAGCAGUACGAAAAGCAGGUGAAUGUAGACUGGAAGACAAUUAAUGAGAAGAUUGCAAUGGAGUACCAAAGGGAGAGGGAGAAGCCAACCUCUCCGCAGUCUAACUUUGUGGACACGUGAAUGGUGGGGCAUGCUUCAUCCUGACCCUCAGCCUUGGCAUUGCAGUGUGACAUCUCCAUUAGUGUAGCCAGUUUGAAUCUCACAGCAGGGAAAGUAUACUGAAAACUUUUUUGAUGUUAUUAUUGAUAUUUAAAUGUGACGGCUUGUAUGGAUAGUAUAUUUUCUUAGGCUCCAUACAUGCUUCAGUGUGUCAGCCUUAUUCAUGUAGUGGCAGCUUGUAAUGAUGCAUCUGUGAGUCAGAGGCAGUGUUUGGUUCAUGGGUCCAAGGCAUUGAGGAGUGAAGAGUUGUGUAGAAGUGAUCUGUGUCUUGUAAGCUGUGAUAAGGUGAGAGCUAUGUGUGUGUGUGUGUGUGUGUGUGUGUGUGUGUGUGUGUGUGUGUGUGUGUGUGUGUGUGUGUGUGUGUUUCUCCGUCCAGUAUGUACAAAUAUAAAGAAAGAAUUUUAUCUAUAAUAUAUAAUAAUAUAGUUUAGUCAUGUGUGCAGUGGAAGGACAAUUCUAGUCACACUAGUCCUCAAAGCAUAUUCACAUUCUAGUCGUCAGCAUAACCAUUACUAAUUUAUAAGCUUCAAGAAUCUCAUGGCACUGUAUGUGGAUCAUAUAAAGUUAAACUAGUUACUGUAUGCAAGCCAAUGAAAGAUGAUGAAAAUAAUAUUGUUUUAGAUUAUACAUACACUUGAAUCAUGCACUCCUAUUUUGUUUUGCAUGAAGAAGAGAGUCAGUGAAACUAUAUCCUUUACUAAGUCAGAGUGCCUAAGAGAGAGUGGAGUGCCUUCAUUACAGGAGUGUAUGAUCUGUAUGUGUGUAUCCCUAAAUAUGACCAUGUUAUGAGGUAGGUGGAGGGGAUGGACUGUCAUUAUUUUUCAUUGCAUCCUGUGGGCACUCAAUAUUGGAAGCCUGAAGAGAAAAGUGACCUGAAUAAAGUAAAAUCGUGCAA